CUCCCUCUACUGUCUCGGACACCAUUACAGUACACACACCAGCUCAAGCUAGCAGCCCCUCACAAGCUCAAGCACCUUUCACUACUCUCUGAUCCAAUGGCGCGCUUCCAGCUUGCGGCUUUGGCCAUGGCCAUGCUCUUCGCCGCCGCCGCGGCCCAGGCCCCGGCCGCCACCCCGACGGCCGCCCCCAAGGCGUCCCCCGCGCCGCCGACCCCGGCCCCGGUGUCUCCCCCGACCCAGCCCCCGUCCAUGCCUCCCCCAGCGCCGGCGCCCGUUGCCCCCGCACCCGCCCCCAAGGCCCCUGCCCCCGCCCCCAUGGCCCCCGCACCGGCGCCCAAGGCUGAGGCCCCCGCCCCCACGAUGAGCUCCCCGCCGGCGCCUGCCAUGGAAGGCCCCUCCCCGGGGCCCACCGCUGAGGCGCCCCCUCCCCCGAACGCCGCCGCCGGCGUCUCCCCCGCCACCGCGUUCGUCGCCGCCGCCGCCGUGGCCGCCGCCGCCGCUUUCUACUGAGAGAGAUCCGCCAUUAAUUUAUGCCCAUCCGUUCAUCCGAGGGACUCGUUGCUCCUCCCCUGUUCUGCUGCUAGUGUUGAGUUGUUACUAUUUUCUCUCUCCAUUUUUUCCUUCCACAUUCUAUUCGGCAUUCGAUUCAGUAGGACAGCGUCUGUAACUCUGUAUGUGUUGCUACAGUGUAGGAUUGUGGCUUGGACAGAUUGGUUGGCUGGCUGGUCUGGUGGUGUUGCGCUCUUCCAUUUGUAUAAUCCCCCGUUAAUUUCUUCCACGCCUUCUUAUAAAAGAAAUUUCUUCAA